AUAAGCGUGCGCCAAGUCCGCGCGCCGACGUCAGCUCAUUCCGGGAGACUCAUUCCGUCGAGUCCGCGUGACACGCGCAUCUACAUAGGACAGCUAUCAAAACAACGAAGGAGCCACGGCCGUGAGUGCACGGCUUCGCGCCGCUAUCGUCGUCGCCGAACUCCAGCGCGCUGAGCGCAAACAUGUUCCGGGACGGCCAGUAUCUGGAAGUGAUCAAGGUCUCGGACUAUUGCCUUGCGACCGCUGUGGUUACCGUGCAGGAGAAAACUGUGGAGAUUAAGAAGCGUAAGGUCAUCACCAACAAGUGGCUGCAGGUCGAGGAUUGGGCGGCGCUUUACAAGAUAUUGCAACGAGCGGUCCUGCGAAACAGUCGGGACGAUGGUUCGCAUCGCGAGGAUCGAGGAUGCGAGUGGAGAAAGUCCACUCGUCAAUUGGAAGUCACCUACACUUUCGAGUAUUCAGAAUGCACAAGCGACAUGCCAUCCUUGCCUACAAUCAAAGUACACGUAUCACCAGCUCGGGAAAAAACGGUGGAACGAGACACGGGCGACGAGACGUCAAAGAGGUGCAAAGUGGAAACAGAAGACGACGCGGCGAAACGAACGAAAGAAGAGAAAUCUCCCGACCAAACGACCAGCACAAAAUGCGAUCGGUUGAAGAAAACACCCGAGAAACCGACGCAGACUCUCUCGAAAAAGAUCGAGAUUCCGCACGCAGCCGCGACGGAGCAAGAGGACCAGAAAAAAAAGAGAAGUCGGGAAUACGAGCUCUCCGACGAUCUGGAAAACUCGUUGUUGGAAGAAUACAUUCCAGACGCACCGAAGAGACCGUGUUUGGACUUCAAGUAUGUGCCCAGUCGGAAGAGCAUGCUCGAGACUAUGCGAUUAACAUCGGACGAGUACACGCCGACUCUGUGCGACAACAAACACGCGGCGGAGAUCAUAAGUUACGUGCCAAACCCUAUCGAGAAAUUGGAGGCUAGCUACGAGACUUAUGAGCCAUGUGCCACCACGAUGAUCCCCGACGACGUUCUCGAGAAAUACGUGCCCAAUUCCAAAGGCGUCAAGUCUUCCAUAGAAGAGUACGAGCCCGACUUCAAAUCGCCAAGCAAAUUGAUGAAGUUCGACGACAGUUACGUGCCAUCGAGCGUACAACAGAGCCCGUCGAGCGAGACGACAAAGACACCGGAGAAGCUGAAGUUGCAGAGACUGGAAGCGCGUCGUAAGGGCACGCCGACCAAGAAGAAGAUGGAUCUCUUCUCGUGAGAUGUAUGCGUGCUUUUCGCAUCAAUAUGACGUGAAAUUCGGUGAAGUACUUAAGCGACAUGGCGCUGACGGGAGUUUUGUGAGCUCAAAAUAUAAUUUUGCUACGACUGAUUGCUUAUAAAAACUAUAUUUUAUUUUAAUACGUUGUGUAAGAAGACUUCAUAUGUCAUUGUAUAGUAACGCAGUGACGUGUAAUAAAACAAUUAUUCUAAUAA